GCCUUUUCCCGUACUCGCAAUUCCAUCCAUGGCCUCCCCUCCCCUCCCGGCCCUCACCCCAACCCCCACCGCCUCCUAGCCCACCAGCCCAGGGUUUCGCGCCCCGAGAUCGAAGCCGCCGCCGCCGCCGGCGCAAUGUCGGGCUCGCCGGGGCAAGUCGUGAGCGAGGUCGGCAAGCGCCUCGCGCAGCCGCGCCUCGGCAAGGACGCCCUCGUCAAGCUCCUCAAGCAAGCUGAAAGUGCUUUAUCAGAGUUGAGUCAGUCCUCCUCUCUGCAUGAUGCUCUAAGUCCUUUGAGUAAAUCACUGGUCCAGACCACUUUACUUAGCCACAAGGACAAGGAUGUCAGACUUCUUGUUGCUGUCUGCUUCAUUGAAGUUAUGCGAAUCCUUGCACCUGAUCCACCUUUUACUGACGAAAUAUUUAAGGAAAUAUUUAGGCUCUUCAUCAGCGAAUUUUCAGGGCUUGCAGACACUGGGAGUCCAUAUCUUACGCGAAGGAUGAAAAUAUUGGAGAAUGUUGCUGCGCUUAGGUGCUCUGUAAUUAUGGUUGACACUGGUUGUCAGGAUUUGGUUCUUGAUAUGGCCAAAAUAUUCUUCUCGGCAGCGCAGCAAGGUCUUCAGCAAUGCGUGCACCAGGCUAUGCUAUCGAUAAUGAUACAAAUAUUAAAUGAAAAAGUUACUCAGCCUCUUCUGGAUGUGAUUUUCCGCAAUUUAGUAAAAGAGGACAAGGGAGGAGCCCACAAGCUUGCUGUUGACAUCAUUCAAAACUGUGCUGAGAAAUUGGAGCACAUAGUUCGAUUUUUUUUGACAUCAUGUAUUUUGAGCAAGGAUGCACCAGUUAAUGGGAAGCUGCAUCAUAAAAUUAUUCUGGAAAUAUUCCAGUGUGCACCCCAGAUGCUUUUUGCUGUUAUUCCAUGCUUAACUCAUGAGCUCCUGAGUGACCAGGUUGAUAUCCGACUGGAGGCAGUGCACCUGAUUGGGAGGCUUCUUGUCUUCUCUAAUCUUCGCUUUGGUCAAGAAAACCAGAUACUAUUUAUGGAAUUCUUGAAGAGAUUCUCUGACAAAUCUGCAGAAGUAAGAAUUGCGGCAAUUGAUGCAGCAAAAGCAUGCUACAUUGCUGCAUCAUCUGGAAAUGUAGCACAGAAUGUUCUCAGUAAGACUGCUACUUUUAUCUGUAGUUAUUAUAUGCACAUUGCUAUGUGUAAGCAUCCUUUUCAUGUGGAUGGUUUGUUCCUUUCGGCAGAAUCUCUUGAAGGAAGGUUACUGGAUUUUGAUGACAAAGUGAGGAUCCGAGCUGUUUAUGCAGUUUGUGAUUUAGCCAAAUCAAAUCUAAGCUCAUUUCCUUCUGAGUUGAUAUUACAAGCAGCAGAGAGGCUACGUGACAAAAAGAUAUCUGUCAGAAAGAAUGUAAUGCAUAAGUUGCUGGACCUGUAUCGAGAUUACUGUGAGAAAUGCUCCAAAGGAACUGCGACAAUUAAAACUCACUAUGAACAAAUCCCAGCUAAACUUAUCGUUCUCUGUUUUGACAAAGAUUGUGGAUCCUUCAGGCCACACAAUAUGGGGCUUAUUUUUGCUGAAGAACUCUUUCCAUCACCACUUUCUCCAAAAGAAAGAGCAAUGCAUUGGGUUGAGUUUUUUUCUUAUUUCAAGUCACAACAUGUUCAGGCUUUGCAUGCUAUCUUUUCUCAGAAAAGAAGGUUGCAACUGGAGAUGCAAUCAUAUUUAUCACUUCGAGCAAAGAAGGAAGAAUCUUCAGAUGAAAUGCAGAAGAAAAUUUGUGCGUCAUUUAGGAAGAUGUCCGCUUCCUUUGCAGAUAUCUCUAAAGUUGAAGACUGCUUUGAGAAUUUGCACCAGAUGAAGGAUAAUAACAUAUUUAAGGAUCUGACUGAAAUAAGCAAAGAGGGCACUACUUUUGCAACAGUUCGAUCGAUCAGAGAUUCAUUUCUCAAGAGAAUUGGUAACAAACACCAAAUUUACAACUUCUGCAAAGAACUGUCUACAAAACUCUCACAUUCACUAUUUAAUUGGGAGAUGAUUUGUGCCAUUUUGGAGGUUCUUUUCUCCUGCAGAAAUGAAUUAUCACAUUAUGCAGAGUCUGCAUGUGAUCUUUUACUGCUAGUUGCAACGGUGUUUCCAUCAUUAUUCAGAGGCUCGGAGGAGUACUUGCUAAAGUUGUUCUCUGAAGACUCAGUCCUGAUAAAUGAGAAGAGUCUCCAAAUGUUGGCAUAUUUGGCAAAAUCACCGUGUAAUUUAUCUAUUAAUUUCAGUAGCGAUGUCUACCUGUUACUGGAGCAAAAGUGUAUUGAAGGAACACGCGCUGAAUCGAAAUAUGCCAUUUCUGCAAUUGCUUCACUGAUCCAGUCCCCAGAUGACAAGAAAUUUGCCAAAUUAUGCAAGAAAGUUGUUGUUGGUCUACAUGAUAAUCAUAAUAUCCCAACUCUAUUACAGUCGUUGGGUUUAAUAUUGGAGUAUUCUCCUUCCAUGUAUACAUCAUAUGACGACCAAUUUAUCAAUUUUGUUCAACGUGUUUUUGUCUCACCUGAGUUUGUUUCAACUCCGGAACUGUCACCGUCCAAUGAAAAUUCUGCAUGCAGUUUCUCUUGCAAACUGAAGAUUUAUUGUCUCAAAGCACUUGUCAAAAGUUGUUUACCAACAACUACUGCCCGUGAUCGAAUAGAGAAUUUCUUGAAGAUGCUGUUAGAUAUAAUUCGUGACGAAUUCACACCCAUUACUAUAUGUGAAAAUGAUAAGCCAUAUCUUAGACUGGCCGCUGGGAAAUCUGUACUACGACUAGCUACAAGAUGGGAUUCACACAUUUCUCCAGAAUUAUUUCGCACUGCCCUUCUCAUGGCAAGGGAUUCUUCAUAUACUGUUCGCAAGUCAUUCAUUCACAAACUUUUUGGCCUUUUGAAGAAGCAUGAAAUACCUGUUAGAUAUGCAUGUGCUUUCGCAUUGGCAUCAACAGAUUGCGCUGGAGAAGUUCGUACUGAAUCGCUUAGGUACUUAACCGAAGUGCUGAAAGAGCAAAGAGGAGUUUCUGUUCAUCAGAACAAAACCAGCAAUGACUCGAUUGUAGAGCAUCCAUCAUAUGCUGUCCUUUUCUUGAUCCAUACCCUUGCAUAUGAUGAGGAGUUUCCUUUUAACUUUUGUGAAGAGGAGACUGGUUCUGCUGAUUUUUGGAGCCCACUUCUUGUGAUGUUGAGAGAGCUAGUUGAAAUAGAGGAUCUAAGCCAAACCAAGCAUGGCUCCGCCACCAGCUCUGUAUCCAUUCUUUUGUGCAUCUUUCGUGCUGUUCAAAAGGCUGAGGAUGUGAUUGAUUCUGAUAUCACUUAUAAACUGCACAUUCUCUCAAAAAUUGGUUUGCUUAUGGUAAAAGAACUUGAUAAGCAUUGCAAGACAUCAGAUUCUCCACGCCAUAUUCCCCUGCCCUCAUCUUAUUAUAGGUUGUCUCGGAGUGAGAGAAAAGCGGAUGAAUGCUGCCAACUAGAUUUAAUUACUGAUACUUUUGUGAAGAGAAUUCUAAAAGCUCACGAACCUUAUAACCAACAGGAGGAUACUACAUGCUCUACUAUUACUGAGAGAGUAUCUAAAGAAUCUGCUCCUAAAAGGCAAACUCGUUCCUCAUCAAACAAACCAUUAUUUGGACAGUUUGUAAGUGGUCAUGAGCAAGGGAAAACGAAGAAAAGUUCAGUCCAGGCGAAGGAUGUCCCCAGGAAAAAUUACCUGGAUAUCUUGGAUAAAGACAACGUGUCAUCUUGUGGUUCCGCCGGCACAAAGUUGUCAUCUCCAGGGUCUUUGGGUUUGACUAACGAAGCUGAUUCUAGAGAUCGUGCCUCACUCUUGGAAAAUCAGAAUCGUCUCACUGUGAAGACGAUACCUUCGAAGACUAGCCACACUGAGGACUUUCCUGACUGUCAUCUCAGAGAUUGCAGUGAACUAGACGAAGAUUUUGGUGGUUGUGAUGGUAAUUUUGUGAAGCGUCCUUUCUCCAGCAACAAAACAGCAGUGGAUGCCCUCAAGAAGAAAAGCAAGAGAGCAUUGGAUUUGAGAAAUGCAAAGAAUUCUGCUGGAUCAGCCGCGGACACAACAGACAAUGUUCGACAAACCAGAUCAAGGAAGGCGCAAGCAUAAUAACCAUCUAACUGAAGUUUUAGCUGACGUGUCUUUGAUAUAUAUAUAUGCUGAGUUCCGUACUACCUUUUGUACAUCCUCUAGUGAGCACUGCAGCGAUGGUAGAAAAUCUUUGGUUUGCAUGCCAUCCGUGAAACCUUGUAAAUAGAGAAGUGGAUGGCGGAGUGAGUGUUAACAUUAUCAGUCACGUAACUUAUCUGAUCAAAGCAAAACCGUGGAAGUUGGAAUGUCA